CUCUCUCUCUGUCUCUCUCUCAGCCUGUGGCAGCCACGGAUCACUGUCUCGCCUGCAGCAGGAACAGCAGCGUGGACUGAACCAGAUUCUGUCGCCGACAUGAACCUGUUCUGCUUUUCUCUGGAGGGAUCCACAGACAGCCUGUAUGAGGCAGUAAAGAGCUGCGGCGAGGACCCCCCCAGGCCGGUCCCCAGCCGCUCCUGCAGCCGCUCCUGCAGCCGCUCCUCGGCCCUCCUAUUGGACAACAACACCAAGAGCAGAGGUUCUAGGAGAUCGAUAUCAAUGGAGAUGCCUCAGACUCAGAGGAACAACUCUAGUAAAAAGAAAAGACGAACACAUUUAUCCAAAUCUGCAUCAGAUAAUGAAGCUCUGGACAACUCCUGCUGUAAUCACACAGGCCUGCAGGGGGCCGCGAGCCGAGCAGACUUCGUCUACAGCAGCGGUCAAACGGGAGGUAAAGACGGAGCGGAACCGAUCAGUCGGAGAACGGGGGCUUCCAACAAACACAACCAUCAUGGUCAGUUUGAUAUCCUGUCUUUACCUCCAGAGCCGAGGAAGUCCAAGCCCAGAGCAGACUCCAAACGAGGCAGAGGAUUCCAUCCCUCCAGCACCAAGAAGAAGGAGAAACCACCGUCCACCCAGUGUGCCAACGUCAAAGGAUCAACGGCAGAAUCUAAACCUGCAGCCAAAAGAAUCCAAAAGUCUGGAAAUAAACACGCUGAGAAAAAUGGGAAGGAAGGAUCGAGGAAAAGUCACAAGUCCACAGUCAAGACAGUGAACUCCCCGUGCCCCCCCCUGAGCCCAUCCCUGGAGCCCAACUUCCUGGAAGUGCCUCACAGAUCAGAAGUGAGAUUCUCCACCCUGCCCACGCAGGAACACACAGCCUCCAGCCGCAGCGUGGACUCGGUCCACUUACCCGGCGGAGCCACGCCCACCCACACGUACCACCAGCGCUGGAGUAACCUCGGGGAGGGCAGCCCCUCCUGGGGCACCGUACAGCACACCUGCCGCAGACCGCUGACGGAAUAUCACCUGUACUCCCAAGACUUCAGCACGUCAACACCAGGUCACCGCGACCAGGUCCACCAGACCUGCACGGUGACCCGGUCCAUCACUGAGGUGGAUCUGUCAGAACCAAACGUAAGUCCUAACGCCACACUGAUACAGUUCAUGCUGUAGGGUAGCGGUUUUCAA